AUGGAUUUCUUCAAACCAGAGACUGUUUUGGACCUUCAAAAUAUCCGAGAUGAGUUGGUGAAGAUGGAAGAUACCAUUAUCUUUAAUUUCAUCGAGAGAUCACACUUCGCUACAUGUUCAUCAGUAUAUGAAAGCAACGUACCCGAGAUCAAACUACCUGAUUUUGAUGGAAGUUUCCUGGACUGGGCAUUGAUGAAAAUGGAAAUUGUACACUCGCAAUUAAGAAGGUUUGAGUCGCCAGAUGAAACUCCGUUUUUCCCAGAUAAGAUCUUGAAGCCAAUCAUACCUAGUUUGAAUUAUCCUAAAAUUCUUGCAUCGUACGCUAACCAGAUCAAUUAUAAUGACAAGAUAAAGAGCAUCUACAUCAAGACAAUUGUACCAUUGUUAUCUAAGAGAGACAUCAAUACAUGGGAGAAUUUUGGAAGUGUGGCUACAAGAGACAUCGAAGCCUUGCAAUCAUUGAGUAGAAGAAUUCAUUUUGGCAAGUUUGUAGCAGAAGCUAAAUUCCAGAGUGAGAAGGAAAAAUUCACCAAACUAAUUCUUGACCAGGACGUUGAUGGGAUUAUGACUGCGAUCACCAAUUCUAAAGUUGAAGAAAAAAUUCUACAACGUUUGAACGUCAAAGCUACUGUUUAUGGUGUUGACCCAACCAAUGAGAAAGGUGAUAGAAAGAUCACACCUGAAUAUCUAGUUAAGAUUUACAAGGAAAUCGUCAUCCCAAUUACCAAAGAGGUAGAAGUCGAUUAUCUUUUGAGGAGGCUAGAAGACUCGGAUUCGAAAUGA